GCAGCUGAGGAAAUGGCCGCACUCCAGUGGCUGCGCCACCCUCACCUGUGUCCCCUCCAGGUGCCAAAGAUCACGAGCUGCAUCCACAAAACCCUGGGAUGCAUCAAGUCGGUCCCAGCCCGGCAGAGCGUGGAGUCCCUAAUGGUCUCCAUGGCUGACAAAUGCCCUCAGGAGGUGGUGACAACACUGCUGCAGGUCGCUCCAGGAGGAGACAGCACUGCCCUGGCACUGUGGGAGGCGAUGUUCUCCGUGCCCCAGACUGUGCGGAACAUUUUGAAGGAGCUGCUCAGCCAGCUCUGGGACCUGAAGAGCAGGCUCUUCUGCACACACCUGGAGGACUACUGCCUCGUUCGCUUGGCCGUGAGUUACCGGAAAAAGCCCCCGCUGCCCUGUGCCUGGGCUGCGCUAGGAACCAGGAGCCCCACCAGCUCUGCCGGUCGCUCACUGCUGCCCUGCUUUCAGAUGCUGGCCAGCAGAGAUCUGGGAGACAGGGCGUUUGCUGCAACCUACCUAGACUUCAGGUUCCUGAAGGAAGAAAGGCCAGCCAUGCUCUCCCUGGUGCUCAGGGCCAUCAUGACACUGUCCGAGAGAGACGAGAUGGCAAGAAAAAUGAAGGUCAUCCUGCCAGACCUCAUGAGGGUUCUGCUGUUUGGCUAUAAGGCUGCCACCACGAAGGCUCUGCUGGUCUUCAGAACCAUCAUGGCUCAGCUGGAGAGGAGGGAGGCCAGCCACAUCGCCGUGCAGAUGGCGGAAUUCCUCCUGCCCCUCUUGGAUGACGAGCUGAGCCAGCUGAGAGAGAGCUCCAUCAGCCUCUUCAGAGACCUGAUGAUGAUGGCGGUGGGGAACGACAAGAGGGAGAUGAAGAACAUGGUGCGGCUUGGCCUGCUCCCUCUCUUCUUCCGGCUGAGUGACCAAACGCAGAGCGUGGCCAAGGCUGCUGGGGAAGCCCUUCUUGCUGCCGCAGAGCUCCUCAAGUGGAAACCACUCAAGCACCUAGUGCGGACACAGCAGACAUGGCAGAUUGGAGAGAGCUUGCUGAAGCAGGACAGGAGGAGAGCUCAAGAAUUCUUGAUUCAGAGCCUGUCGUACCUGAAGGAUGCUCAGGCCAGCUUGCGAGAGGCGGCCGUGAGGUUCAUCGGGCUCGCUGCACGGCACCUGAGGAAUCCAAGCAAGAAGAAGCUGGCUGAGAUCUGCAGCGCCCUUCAGACCUUGGCAGAAGACCAUGAGCCCUCCAUCCGCUCCCUGGUAGCUCAAACUGUCAUCAUCAUCCUGAGCUCUUCGAGGGAGCAGCCAAGGCCACGAUGGACCCUGCGAGCCCUGUGCUGCCGCUGAUGCUGAGCCGUGUGGAGGAGCAGCUCUUCUCAGGAGAGUGGCUGGAUUUUAAUAAAGAGCCCUUCUUGAAGCUGGGUUUGACAUCUGCCUUUUCCAAGGACCCCAGAACGUCUCUGAGUGCACCGGCACUUUGGAGAGCACAACCCAGAAUCACAGGCAAGGGUGAUGGAGCAGACAGAAGCACUGGCAAUGAGCCCGUCCAAGGCAGCGGAGAUGAAGUCCACUGGGCCCAUGGGGUUUGUUCUUCGAGUCACACGUGGAAAUAGCAGGCUUCUCUCAGGUGUCCACAUCUGAGCUGGCCUCAUGCACUCCUUAUGUACCCAGGGAUGCUCAGAGACAGAGUCUGCCCCUUUUACACACAGAGGCAGGAGUCACAGUGUCUCUCUCACCUGCUGUUGCCACUCCCAAAGGAUGGGAGGCACCUCAGCCCUGCAGUGUGUCAGCCUGCCUGCACUCAUCUCCGAUGUCCCAGCUUUUGCAUUUGCUAUGGUCAAAGCUGUAGCCCACAGCAGUCCUGAACAGGUAUCUAUGGACACAUGAAUGUACUUUUGUUGGCAAAGUGGUGCAAAUUCAGUAAUAUCAGUUUGCCAUAACUGACCUGGCUCAAGCCCCGAGGAUUUACUCCCUUUUGUUGGAGAGGCACUACGUGGGCACAAUCAGGACAAGCUGCAAUAACGGCUCAAGCUUGUUCCUAGGUAAGUGCAAGCUGUUUUCAGAGUGAUGCUGAGGAUUGAUGAAAGAAUUUGUGAGCUCGUCUGGCUUGUUCAAAAGGAGAUAUAUCCGUUACUACCACAAGUUUGUCUAUAAUGCUGUUUCCCUCAACCAGACCACCUGGUAUGUUAGUAUGGCUUUUUAUAUGCAUUAUAAAUACUGGUGCUGUCCUAUAAUCUAACACAUUCCACAAAUCUAACAAUGCAACAAGGAGUUGGAAACUCGCUGCAAAAGAGUUCUAUGUAUUCUUUGUACAACUCCCACAACAUAAAGAGAAUCUGCUACCAGAUUAACUGGGCAGUUAUGUCAUUUUUGUAAUGCUGCUGAGUGUAUUGAGGGCAGUCUCUUUUAAGAUGUCCUGUCUGUCCACAAGUGAAACAUGCUAGGCCACAAGAAGAAGGGCUUCAACCUUUCAUUGCAGGCAUAAGUGCUGCAGCCAAGGCCACAGCGUGGGCUUGGGCAUGUAUUUUUGCCUUUUCUACCUCCUGUUGCAUAAUUGGUACCCGUGUGCAAGCUUCCACCAUCUCUGCUAGAGAAGCAGUUUUUCCCAAACCGGCUAACAUCUGUUGGCAUUGGGCGUUUGCAUUCAUCAUGGCCAAAUCUUUCCCCACAGACGCUUUUGCCUCUGGAGUCAGGUUAGGAGAGGUAUCUAUAGCUUCUUUUAAAUGGUCCACAAACUUCAUAUAGGGUUCCCCAGGAUCCUGCUUUAUUGUAGAACAGAGUGGCACAGGGUUACCUAUAUUUGGUAACUCUUUCACUGCUGCCAGAGCAAGCCCUUGUGUUUGCUGCAAAAUCCUUGGAUUAAGAGCUGCCUGAGUGGCACCAUCCGCAUAUCGCCCACGACCCAUUAACUGGUCCAUGCUGGCUAAUGGCAAUGGAUCAUCAGCUAGUAAAUGAACAUUUUCUAAUACUGCCAAUUCCACCUUCCCCUGCCACUUGUCCAACAACAGCAAAUAUCCCAUUGGAGGAAGCAAUAACACCAUCAAUGCCUUAAUAUCUGUUGGAGUUAGUACUUGCCCCUUGAAAAUUGAAUUGAUUAGCUGCAUCACGUGCUUAUUAUCCAUACCAUAUUGCAUAACUGCACUUUGCAAUUGCUUAACCGUUUUCCAAUCAAAGGACGACCACUGCCUUUGUCCUCUAUUAUCUAUGUGACUGGCAUUGCUAUAAUACUACCAAGUAACAUGAUCCCUUCAAUUGUUGCAUCUCUGAUUACCCCUUGCCGACGUUGCCCUGCAUUAUAAGGAUGAUCUCGAGGAAUAUAUCUACCCUGAUGCACAGGGGCAGCACCCAAAUUAUCAUUACUAUCACUGCUAUACAAUUCCCUUGUGUUUCCCUGUGGAUCAGUAAGUCAACGCAUAUUUGCAAACUGAUCUAACUCAAGUUUCCAGCCCUUUUCCAUAUCGCAAUCUCAAACAUUCAUCUACUUCUCUUACAAACCACAUCCCAUCUUAAACACAUUGUCUAGCCCAUUUUUGUAUUCGCUCCCUUUUAAUACGGAGCUCCUCAGGAGUGAGGUCUAAUUCCGCCCCCUCCCUUUCCUGUUUUCCCUGUUUUUCACAUUCCCUGACAAUUGCUUCCAGCCGGUCCUUAAUCACAUCUGACGCCUUUUUAUAUGCUAUUAACUGUGAGAUUUUACUGUUACCGCCAUCUAGUUGUUUCAUAGCUUUUAGAACUUCUUGCAUCUGGCUCUCCUGCCAUCUCAGUAAGUCCUUCAGGCUCUGCACGUGGCUCUCCUCCUGGAAGUCAGGGCGAUUCUGCGGUGCUUCAUCCUGUUGCUCCAUCGAGUCCUGGUCCGCUGGCAAUGGUACUUCAGCUGGAUUAACUUGUCCGUAAGAACUGAAGGCUGCUGAUACCACCUCUUCUGGAAAUGGGGAGGAGGGAGAGGGGGGAAGGAAAUAGAAGAAAUACUGCUUCAUUGCUAUUUAUUACUGAAAUGCUCUCUGUUUGGCUAUUCCUGAAAUCUCUCUAAUCAUCCACACCAGGCUUUAGGAAAAUGCUGCAGAAGAGCCUUGGCUUGUAAGGGCAUUUUGGAUGUUAAUGAGCCCUCUGCUGCCAUGCUCCUGAACUGCAGAUCCUGAAACAAUGAACAAACCUCCAGCAAAGUAAAAGGCAGAAACGAUCUCAAGUUUCUGCAGGUGCUUGGGAUCCCACAAAGGGGGGAUCACUGACACAGCUCUGAAGGAAACAAGCAGUCCGUGUCCCUGGAGGAUGGUGAAGCAAAAGCCUGCAGACGCUGGUCACAGGUGGUAAAGGUGAUGUGGAGGUGGUUCUGAUGCCAUGUCAGCCCUUCAUGUUUGUUCAUCACGAGAAUGGCCGAGCCCUGACCCCCAGGGCCUGGCCAAGGAGACCUUUUCUCUCAAAUGUUUCUCAAGGCUUUGCCUGAGGUCACUGCGAGGGUAUUUGUGUUUGCGAUGGGGUUCGGUGCCAAGUGCUGUUGCUUUAACAACAAAGCUGUGGUUUUCUGAGGAUUUGGCAAUGCCUGUGAGGUCCCCCAAACCCAUUCAGCUUCUUUCGUAGGCCUGGCAAUGGUCCUCAACCACCUAAGCUGUCUCAGUCCCAAACUUGUUUGAAUCCGCAAUUUGGAUCUGUGCCCCAGCACUCAAAUGCACACGUUCCUUCUUCUGCCACCCCAAAAUAAAAAAGAAAAGCCAAUCUAUUCCACAUUAGCAUGACCAGCCCGUGCUCCUCAGGUGUUCUUCUUGCCUUUAACACACUUACUGCUACGCAUAGACCACUCUCUUCCUGCACUGCCAUGUCUCUCACUAACCUUUCACUCUUGUG